AUGGAAGGUAGAUUGAGGAAUUCCCAUAAGGUUGACUUAGAAGAUGUUAGUCAACUCUCGAAAUCGCAGAUCGAUUUGGAGCUGACCAAAAUGAGAAACAUGACCCCACAAGAGGCUGCAGCUGCUGCGGCUCAAGCCGUGGCUGAAGCGGAAGUUGCCAUGGCUGAAGCUGAAGAGGCGGCUCGGGAAGCUGAGGCGGCUGAGGCUGAUGCGGAGGCUGCACAGGCUUUUGCAGAGGCCGCUUUAAAGACACUGAGAGGAAGAAAUAGUUCGAUUACGAAUGUGCAGAUGAUUCAUGCGUGA